ACCGCGUCGAACGCCGCCACCCCGCUCGCGGAUCCUCCUUAGACAUGCAGAACGCAUACGAGACACCGUGUAUAUAAUCCAGCGACAGUGGACAUCGGAAAUCAGUCAACUCGUACAACACAACCGGCUAACCGUUCCUGCCACGAUGAAGGUACUCGUCAGCAUCGCCCUUUUGGCGGCCGCGGUUCUCGCCGAACCGCCGAGGUACCGUCCGCAAUAUCAGCAACAGAGACAAUAUUACUUUGCUCGCCAGCAAGAGGAAGCUGCUCCUUAUCCCGCUUCCGGUUGGAGACCGACGGGGCCGGCUUUUAAUUUGCCGGAAAGACAAUUCGCCGCUGCUCAGCAGCCUCAGCAACAAUAUGUGCCGCCCCAACAGCAAUAUGGCGCAUCAAGCGCAGCUCAACAACCUCAGCAGCAAUAUGGAGCAUCAAGCGCAGCUCAACAACCUCAGCAGCAAUAUGGAGCAUCGAGCGCAGCUCAACAACCUCAGCAGCAAUAUGGAGCAUCAAGCGCAGCUCAACAACCUCAGCAGCAAUAUGGAGCAUCAAGCGCAGCUCAACAACCUCAGCAGCAAUAUGGAGUAUCAAGCGCAGCUCAGCAACCUCAGCAGCAAUACGGAGCUCCAACCAACCCUCAGCGAGAAUAUGGAAUACCAGAAGAAUCCACGACGACCGAGAACCCUAACAACGAUGACGAAGAGGUAUCAACUGUAAAAAGCAUCUCUCCAUCGGAGUCCGAGGCCGUGAACACGGCGAACGAGUUCGAGAACGAGGACCAGGACGACAAGCAGCAACCGCAGCAGACCGGGGAGUACUAUGUGGCCCUUCCCGACGGUCGUCUUCAGCGUGUCCGAUACGUCAGCCGUCAGGAUGUCGAGGCCAUGAAAUACUUCGCCAAGAUCCGCGCUGAGAACGUGGAACCUCUUCGCGGACCGAUCUACGCGUACGCGCCGCUGCAGAAGCUGCAAAUCGUACCGACCGGCUUGCAAGUGUCCGUCGCGCCGAUCGCCGCGGUCGCACCUGCGGACCAGACCAACAACAAGCCGCAGAAACUUGAGAUCGAGCCGGUGGCAGCGCAGGUGCAGUACCAGUACGACAACCCCUCGAGCGUGGUGCCGUUGGCCAACCCUUUGAGCACCACCUACACGACCUACACGGCAAACUACCAAGUACCUGCAGCAGUGGACGACUCCAGAUUUCUUCUCACCUUCCCAUAAAUCGCUCGGAGAUUCCACGCGAAAUCUCGACCUCGCAAGUACACAGAAAAAAGGUUCCACUGCCGUAACUAAUCAUGGUUUACCACAAAUGUAUCUGCUGCUGUAAGUGAAAUUUUCGCUAAUGUUUCAUGUUUCAGCUCUAUACUUUUAAGUGUUAUAACGAGACUUAGCAGAUUCUUGUUGCUCAGUUAAGUCUUUUCUCCCGUGUAUAUUGCGUUGUACGUGUAAUUGUUGCAUAAUUUGUUGAUAAAUAUGCUGACGGUUAAGCUAAGCUGACGAUGACAAUAAAAUCGAAGGUAAUGAAA